AUGGAGUCAGGACACAAUUAUCGGUUUCCCUGUCUAACGGAUGGUCGUAUUGUGGAGGAUGAAACGUGGAAAUUCGCCCCACUUGAUGCGGUCAAGUACUCAGAUCUCAAUAUCCAAGAAGGGACUUCGGCAAAAUGGCUCAAUAUCGCCUGGGCUGUUCUAUUAUUUGUCUACGACGAGGUGGAAAUUAUAAAAUUCGAAUCCAUCUACAAUGGCGAAAGGAAAGUUUUGAGUAGCAUGGUUACUCGCGAUCAACCGUGGCAGGACAUCGAUUUCCAUUAUGAAGACUAUGAGUCUGCUCAAACCAAUACCGGCGUUUGCAUAUUCACAGAACAGGUUGCCGAUAUUCCGCCGGAACUGCAACUUGCAUUGGCGGUACAAUGCUCGGACGGCUUGACAAUAUCUCUGGCAUAUCGCCCGCAGCUGGUUUCCGAUAGACAAGCACUGAACAUCGCUAGCACGUUCAACAAGAUCAUGGACGCAUUAAAAGGGCCAAAUAUUCCUAUAUGCGCGAUUGACAUCUGCGACGAGCACAAUCUCGACCAGAUCGCUAAAUUCAACACUGGUCCACGUCAAGUCAAGGAGGACUACCUACACAGUAUCAUUGAGAGACAGGCACUCGAAGCCCCGGAUCAAGUUGCCGUCGAUGCAUGGGAUGCUCGGUUAACAUACAAAGAACUUGACUUCUUUGCGUCCGUAUUAGCAAGUCGUCUAAGAUCACUCAAUGCAGCAAAUACCUAUGUACCGCUGUGCGCAGAGAAAUCAGCCUGGGCCGUUGUCGCCAUCCUGGGGAUUCUGAAAGCCGGGGCUGCCUGUUCGCCUCUCGAGGCAUCUCAUCCCCGCGAUAGGUUAGAAACCAUGAUCCGGUCUUGUGGUGCCACAACUGUUGUGGCAACGAAAUCACACGCGUCACUGUUUCAGCUAGACGGCGUUGAUGUCGUUGUCGUUUCUUCUGAAUCUCUAUCGUCUGAAAAGGAAUGUUUGAAUCUAUCCGAUACCACGGUCGCUCCACGAUCUCCGGCCUUCCUCAUGUGGACCUCUGGAAGCACUGGUAACCCCAAAAGCGUGGUUCUGGAACAUGCAGCCCUAUACAUGAGCAUCACCACCUACGCAGAAGCGAGCAACCUUUCAGCCCGGACAAGAACAUUCCAAUUUACGUCUUUCACGUUCACCGUCAGUAUAUGCGACAUCUUUGGCACCAUGAGCAAAGGAGGGACGUUGUGUAUGCCGUCCGACGAGCAACGUUUGAACGAUCUAUCCGGAGCAAUGAAAGCCUCGGCUGCCUCCUUUUGCUGGCUUACCUCGACCUCCCUGACCGGACUCGACCCUGAAAAGCUCCCCGACCUCCGCUGUGUCACUGUUGGUGGUGAAUCUCUUUCGCGGGAAACGGUGGUACGCUGGGCUGGGAAAUGCCAGGUCAAUGUGUCGUACGGCACAACGGAGACAUGCGGAUGGUGUUUGCUGAACCCAAAUCUGACACCAGAGCGUGAAUCCCGAGUUCUCGGGAAGCCUAUUAUCCCUGCAGCUUGGAUAUGCCAUCCUGACGAUAUCGAGAAGUUGGUUCCUGUCGGUGCGGUCGGCGAGCUGCUCAUUGAGGGCCCCUUCUUGGCGAGGGAAUAUCUCGAUGAUCCGGAACGCACGGCAGCGCAAUUCAUUCAGCCACCCAGCUGGGCGAAGCUAUUUCGAACUGAUCCAGCAACGAGGCUUUAUCGGACGAACGAUCUGGUUCGGUAUAACUCCGAUGGAUCUAUCAUGUUUGUAGGCCGGAAGCAGGCACAUGCGAAGAUACGUGGAAAUCGGAUCAAUCUGAUCGAUAUCGAACAUCAUGUGCGACGGGCAUUGGGAACCCCCGAAGCAAUCGUCGACGUGGUGCACACCAAAGACGGUAUUGAUAUGUUGACGGCGUUUCUGCUCGCCUCUUCGGGCAUGGGCAACAGUCAGGGCUUUGGAAGCCCCGUGACUCACGCUGAUGAUGAUUUCCGCCAACGUGUCGCCAAUGCUUUGGAAGUGCUAGAGGCAACGCUGCCCAGUUACAUGAUCCCAACUGCCUUCGUGCCGCUGUCUCUAAUUCCACUUACGCGUACCAACAAGACAGACAGGCGACUGUUACGUGAAGAAGCCGGGGCGCGGACCAGAGCUGAGCUGGUACAGCUUGCAGCUCCCAAAAGCGAGAAUGCUAAAGCGCUGCUCUCGGGCGAUGAAUACAUCAUGCAGAAACUAUGGUCCAAGGUGACAGGCCUUGCUAUCGACAACAUAGGCCCUGACGACAGCUUCUUUCACCUAGGUGGUGAUUCAGUCAUGGCAAUUCGACUGGUUUCGCUGGCCAGGAAGCACGGGCUUAUAUUCACCGUCAUGGAUAUGUUCCGUCACUCAAAGCUGAGAGACCUGGCAACUUUCAUUACCGGGCGCGGGGAACAGAAUUGGGCUGAGCCCAGUUCUGUGAGCUUCCAUGUCGAAGACCUGGUUCCAGACGCGGCCAGAGAGUGCGGGGUGGAGUUUAAUGCUAUCGAAGACUUGUAUCCGUGCACAGCAUUGCAAGAGGGGUUGAUGGCACUAUCGGCACAGAGGACAGGUGCCUAUAUCCUGCAAAUGGCCUGUGAUAUACCAUUGACAGCAGAAGUGCCCCAAUUCCUUGCAGCAUGGGAGACCGUCUUCGAUGCGCUUCCAAUCCUGCGCACACGGAUUAUUCAGCUAGGUCGAGGAGGAUUCUAUCAAGCUGUGGUGAAGGAGAAAAUGGACUGGCGCUCUGUGACCAGUGAGUCAGAAUGGCGCGACUGGAAUCAGAUGCACCCUAUGCAACUAGGCUGUCCAUUGGCACGACUCGCACUUCUUCAUGUGGAUUCCCGACCAGUCCGCAUACUAAUCGCUGUUCAUCAUUCCAUUUUUGAUCGCUGGUCUACUUCCCUUGUGCUUGACAUGGUUGAUCAAGUAUACCAAAAACGGGAGAUCCAGCAACAACAGUUCAAACAUUUUGUUGAAUAUGUACACUCUCGUCCGGUCGAAUCAAGUGAUGCUUUUUGGGAUGAUCACCUUCGAGAUGCUCAGCACACGGCCUUUCCCAAGAUUAAAGACGCCUCCCUUUUACCAAAGCCAACCAUGUCAAGAAACAAGGCCAUUACGCUCGAGUCCUCGCGAAGCAAUUUCACAGCAACGACGAAACUGCGCCUCUGCUGGGCUUUAGUUCUCUCCCAACACACAGACAGUACCGACGUUGUGUUUGGUGCCGUCUCGACGGGUCGAAGCGCCCCUGUCGAAGGCGUAGAGAACUUAGUCGGUCCCACUCUAGCGACAGUGCCAUUCCGAGUGAGAAUCAACUCGGACAUAUCGGUUGCAAAUGCCCUUGAGAGCGUGCAGAGCGACAGCGCGUCAAUUAUUCCCCAUGAGCAACGGGGUCUACAACAUAUCUCGAGAAUCUCUGCCGACACGAAGAGUGCUUGCAAAUUCGAAAACAUUCUGAUCGUUCAUGCCCCGAGUUCAGGUGGCGGAAUGAGCCUUCUCGGGGACAUGGCGGAUGACCAGCUGCCUGAACUGUUCAGCUACGGCCUUACAUUGUCAUGUGAAGUUAUGGGACCGGAUCGGAUUCAUGUCGAUGCGUUCUUUGAUCCGAAGAUAAUUGGCGAGAAACACGUGGAGACUUUACUUUGCCAGCUUGAUCAUGCCAUGCGACAAAUAAAUGAUGUUCCAAGUUCUCAACUUGGAGACGUUAGGCUUCUCAGUGCCAGCGACGAGGAAUUGCUCAAAUCAUGGAACUCCCGUGUGUUCACCCAAAGCAGUUCGACUGUUCAUCAAAUCAUCCAGGAUCAAUGUGCAGGAUCACCCGAUGCAGAGGCAGUGUGCUCGUGGGACGGGUCAUUGAGUUAUGGCAAACUUGAUGCUCUUUCCACUGGACUAGCCCUCCAUCUCCGCCAGCGUGGAGUAGGACCGGAGGUCUUUGUUCCCUUACUUUUUGACAAGUCGAAAUGGACGGUGGUUGCUAUCCUCGGUGUCCUGAAAGCCGGUGGUGCUUUUCUUCUACUCGAUCCGUCCUUUCCCAAAGACAGACUACAAACGAUUUGCAACCAGGUCAAUGCGCGAGUUAUACUAGCUUCACAGAAGCAUUCAAAGCCAGCAGGGAGUCUUGUCGGGGACUGUUUCGUGGUGGACGACUCCCUGGAGUACAACCCAGCACCUUCAGUCGCAUUGCCGACCACCGAUCCGAGCAACGCUCUCUACGCCGUGUUCACGUCAGGGUCAACAGGGACACCAAAAGGUGUUAUAAUUGAACACGGCCAGUAUGCCUCUGGAGCCAAAGCUCAUAUGGCAGCUGCAUCGAUAUCCUCGGCAUCCCGGGUCCUGCAAUUCUCGUCCUACGCGUUUGACGCCAGUGUCAUCGAGCAUCUAACCACCCUGAUGGCUGGCGGGUGUGUCUGCAUCGUUUCAGACACCGAGCGCAGCAACUCUUUCUCCGAGGCAGUCGCGUCUAGGAAUGCUAACUGGACAUGGUUGACGCCAAGCGUUGUUCGAACCAUGGAUCCCAAAGACUUUGCGUCGCUGAAACACCUUUGUUUGAUGGGCGAGGCUCUCGGGCCAGCAGAAGUCCAGAAAUGGACCCAGCAUGUUCACCUCAUGCAAGCAUACGGACCAGCGGAGUGCUCCGUCCUCGCUACGCUACAACCUUCUUUCGACCUAGACUCGGAUCCUCGGAACAUCGGAUUUCCAAGUGGUUGUGCUGCAUGGGUUGUCGACAAAGAUGACGCCACCCGUCUGGCGCCUGUGGGUGCGGUCGGAGAGCUUCUGAUUGAAGGUCCCAUUGUUGGGAGAGGCUAUCAUCGCGACCCGGAGCAGACCGGGAAAGCCUUCAUUAACCCGCCUGAUUGGAUCGAUAGAUUUCGGCAAUCUGGCUCUCGACGAAUUCAUAUGUACAGGACAGGCGACUUGGUCCAGUACGCUCCGCAGCUUGACGGGACACUGCUCUAUAUUUCCCGCAAGGACACGCAGGUAAAGAUUCGUGGUCAGCGUCUGGAGCUUCAUGAAGUGGAGUAUCAUGUUGGUGAAGUUACGGAGCCGUCCUGGGACAUUGCAGCCGAGGUGAUCAGUCAUGGCUCUCGAAAAAUUCUUGCUCUGUUUUUCUCUAUCGCAGAGACAGAUUCAGAGACUGAUUGCACAAUUACUCAUCUGACAGAUGAGACACGCAAACAAGUCAUGAAGGUCAAGCAGAAGCUCAGCACUCGCCUACCUUCCUUCAUGAUACCAACAGCUUGGAUCCCUCUGUCGAGGAUACCACUUUCUGCAUCGAAGAAAACAGACCGGCGUCGAAUGCGUGUUCUUGUGGAUAAACUUCCAGUGGAACAAUUCAAUAAACACCUCAUUGAUGAGAGAGUUUCAACAGGACAUGGUUCUAAUGGUUCCGUACAUAUUGAUGAGAGACCAAUGACCGAGGAAGAGAUCAUGCUGCAUGACCUCAUCUGCGAAGUGCUCGAAAGCCAGGACUACGAGCUUGACAAAAGCACUGUUACCAUGGAUCAGCAAUUCACAGAUAUUGGAGGCGACUCAUUGACUGCAUUGGCUUUGGUGUCACGGGCGAAGAAGAUCGGAUUUGCUUUUACAGCAGCGGACGUAAUUGCGUGUACUUUGGGAGAGUUGGCAGGUAAGAGAGUUUGAAG